AGUGGCUGUUUGUGAUUCGAGCGACAAGGCUAGCCACCGAGCAAUGGCCCACGUCAUGAAUGCUCCAAUGCUCGCUCCAUCCAGACGUCUGCCCAACCGUUGACUUCUACCACACUUGAACGCCUCUCCACUCGGAUGCAUGCUCAAACCUAGUUGGGUCCAUCAGUACGCUGUCCAGUCAAAGAACCCUCCACCUACCCCUCCGAACCUUGAACCCCCCAUUCUUCAUUAAUUCAUUCAUUCAUGCUUCCAUUCCUGUCGCCCGCAAAUGUUCAAUUUUUCUUAAACCCUUUCGGAAAACACGGCGCCACUUGUGGCGCACCACGUCUCAUUAUUCACUAGCCCACUUGACCCCCGACUGCAAAUUCUCGAGUCGCCGAAUAGCCGCCUUGGGCUGUCUGUGUUUGAUUUGUGCUGUUGAAACUAGCUGUGCUGCCGUCUCUUACGCCUCAUUGCGCACAUGAAUCUGCAAACCUGUGGCUCAGCACACCCUGCAGAUCAACAUCCAUCCCUCACAGCCGGAUGCAUCUGAUCUGUUCGCAGUCAGACGUCUAUUUUCAAUCUUGGUGCGAAAUGGCAUUGUUGAGUAACGAUGAGGAGGAAGAAGUGCUCACCGGAGGAAAUGGCUACCAGUACAUGUCACGCUAAGCCACAUACCAUCUGCUUCCAGUCUAUACAUACAUUUGUACAUACAUGUAUCUAUGUAUGUACAUGUGGGAAGCAGCACACGUCAUCUCUAUGCUGUCUGUGUCGUCCACUCACAAUCAAUCGAAAACAAAAAUUGGAUAAUAAAUCAUUGCCAUUAGCACGCAUGUCGCAAGCUAAAUCACGAGGUAUAUGA